AUGGAGCUUAACUUAUCAGCAAACAAUAUGGUUGGUUCUUUACCUCCAGAAAUUGGAAAUCUAAAGGCUGCGAUACUGAUAGAUCUGUCAAUGAAUCAAUUCUCAAAUGGUAUUCCUAUAGAAAUUAGAGGAUUGCUAAAUCUGGAGGUUUUUUCUUUGAGUCACAACAAGUUGCAAGGAUCUAUACCUGACUCAAUGAGCAACAUGAUAGCAUUAUGUGGUUCUUCAAAAUUUGGUGUCCCCCCAUGCCCCACUUCAUCAAAGCAUUGGGUGGUUCUAUUUCUUGUGCUGGGAAUUGCACUUGUAUUUGUUCCUAUUACCCUUGUGUUUGUAUGGAUAAGGUAUAGAAGAGGUAAAAGAUCUCCUCAACGAGCUGAUUCAUUGUCUAUCGCAACAACAGAAAGAAUUUCAUACUAUGAACUGCUCCAAGCAACUGAUUCUCUUAGCGAAAGUAAUCUGAUUGGUUCUGGAAGUUUUGGCUCUGUUUACAAAGGCAUUCUCAGAAGUGGAACUCAUAUUGCAGUUAAAGUGUUCAAUCUGCAACUGGAAGCGGCAUUCAAGAGUUUUGAUAUAGAAUGUGAAGUUUUGCGCAGCCUUUGCCAUAGGAAUCUUGUGAAAGUCAUCAUUAGUUGUUCCAACCUUAAUUUUAAGGCUUUAGUGCUCGAGUAUAUGCCUAAUGGAAAUCUUGACAAGUAUUUGUAUUCACACAACUACUUCCUAGACAUCAGGCAGAGACUAAGCAUUAUGAUAGAUGUGGCAUGUGCAUUGGAAUAUCUCCAUCAUGGAUGCUCCUUUCCCAUAAUUCAUUGUGAUCUGAAGCCUAGUAACAUCUUGCUGGAUGAGGAUAUGGUUGCCCACCUAAGCGACUUUGGUAUUUCAAAACUGCUUGGUGAAGAUGAGA